GACACGUAGCCUAGCGUUAAAAUACAACUACACUCCACUGACAUUAAACGAGUAGAAAAACGUGCACUGUACCACGCGUUUACCGGCAAACACAGCUUGGGAUGUGUUUAACGAGGCGGAUAGAGCGUCUUGCUAUAUUGUUUUAAAAUAAACCACAUCUAUGCAAGCCAUUUGACCGCGUUUUUAAAUUCACAUUCUUUUAUUAAUGCACGAACGCAGUUAUAAAUACUCAUAAACGCAGAGGUGACAACUCCUCACAUCCGCAUUAUUGAAGUUCUGAACAUCAGUUAAUGUAACCCUCCGCCUGCGGUAGUAGUUAUCCCUCCGCCUGCGGUAGAAGUGCUGAGGCUGGGACCGCCGCCAUUUUGAAUGUCUGGUCCGUUCCUCCUUCCGUCGAUUGACAAGAUUGCACCUGUUUUCCGGUCUCGUAACGGCUGGUGAGUGGGAGCUCAUUUUAACCGACUGAACGACUGUCCAGCUCGGAGCUGUCACGCCGUUCGGGUUUAUUUUCUUCGUCUCUUGGGCUGCAUGUGAAGUGCCGCGCGCAGGCUAGUGCUAACGGCAGCUCGCACCGGGGCGCUAACGGUCGCCGCUCGCUCAACUAUCGCUCAUGGUGCAUGUCCACGGGCGGAAGACUCUACCGGGCGUGUAAUCGCAGUCAGACUGUAGUUUAUGUACGUUUCGGGGGGGUUAAAAAAGGAGGUUUGUGUUUAAUCCUACGUUAGAUCGACGCUCGAUUUGAGGCCUGAUCACGUCAGACUCCGGUCUGUUAGCAGCGGACUCGCGCAGCGAUUCAUCCACCGACAUCACGGAGCAAUAACAAAGAGGAUGCCAGCUCCGAUCAGACUGCGGGAGCUGAUCCGGACAAUCCGGACGGCUAGGACACAGGCCGAGGAGCGAGAGAUGAUCCAGAAAGAGUGUGCUGCCAUUAGGUCAUCCUUUAGAGAAGAGGACAACACAUACCGCUGUAGAAAUGUGGCUAAGCUGCUUUAUAUGCACAUGUUGGGCUACCCGGCACACUUUGGCCAGCUGGAGUGCCUGAAGCUGAUUGCAUCACAGAAAUUCACGGACAAACGGAUAGGAUACCUGGGAGCCAUGCUGCUCCUGGACGAGAGGCAGGACGUCCAUCUAUUAAUGACGAAUUGCAUCAAGAAUGACUUGAACCACAGUACACAGUAUGUGCAGGGACUGUCCUUGUGCACCCUGGGCUGCAUGGGCUCAUCUGAAAUGUGCCGUGACUUAGCUGGAGAAGUGGAGAAACUGCUCAAAACAUCAAACUCUUAUCUGAGGAAAAAGGCAGCUCUGUGUGCGGUUCACGUCAUCCGCAAAGUCCCGGAGCUGAUGGAGAUGUUCCUGCCAGCAACAAAAAACCUGCUCAGCGAGAAAAAUCAUGGAGUUCUCCACACAUCUGUUGUCCUGCUCACUGAAAUGUGUGAGCGAAGUCCUGACAUGCUUUCUCACUUCAGGAAGCUGGUUCCACAACUUGUACGAAUCCUGAAGAACCUGAUCAUGUCAGGAUACUCCCCUGAGCACGAUGUGUCUGGCAUCAGUGACCCUUUCCUGCAGGUGCGGAUAUUGAGGCUGCUGAGAAUUCUGGGAAAGGGUGAUGAUGAUUCUAGUGAAGCUAUGAAUGACAUUCUUGCACAGGUUGCCACAAACACAGAGACGAGUAAAAAUGUAGGUAAUGCUAUCCUCUAUGAAACAGUUCUUACGAUUAUGGACAUCAAAUCAGAGAGUGGCCUAAGGGUUUUAGCAAUUAACAUUUUGGGACGUUUUCUUCUCAACAAUGACAAAAACAUCAGAUAUGUGGCAUUGACCUCUCUACUGAAGACCGUGCAGACAGACCACAAUGCUGUGCAGAGACAUCGAAGCACUAUCGUGGACUGCUUGAAAGACCUUGAUGUGUCCAUUAAAAGGCGUGCGAUGGAGCUGAGCUUUGCCCUGGUUAACGGCAACAACAUCCGGGGCAUGAUGAAAGAGCUUCUGUAUUUCCUGGACUCCUGUGACCCUGACUUCAAAGCGGACUGCGCAUCAGGGAUCUUCCUGGCUGCAGAGAAGUAUGCGCCCUCCAAAAGAUGGCACAUAGACACCAUUAUGAGGGUUUUGACAACGGCAGGGAGCUAUGUCCGGGAUGACUCUGUGCCCAACCUCAUCCAGCUCAUCACAAAUAGUGUAGAGAUGCAUGCCUACACUGUACAGAGACUCUACAAAGCCCUCCUGGAUGACAUCUCUCAGCAACCUCUAGUGCAGGUGGCAUCCUGGUGCAUAGGAGAGUAUGGAGACCUGUUGGUCUCAGGCCAGUGUGAGGAGGAGGAACCCAUUCAGGUUUCUGAAGAUGAGGUCCUGGAUGUUUUAGAAGGUCUCCUCGUUUCUAACUUGUCCACCCCUGUAACGAGAGCUUAUUCCCUGACCGCUAUCAUGAAGCUGUCCACCCGCUUCAGCAGCGUGAAUCGAAUCAAAAAAGUGGUCUCGAUAUACGGCAGCAGCAUAGACGUGGAGCUGCAGCAGAGAGCUGUCGAAUAUAACGCACUUUUCAAAAAAUAUGAUCACAUGAGACCUGCAUUGCUAGAACGAAUGCCUAUUAUGGAGAAAACUGCUAGUAACGGCCCAACAGAUAUUGUUCAGACCAAUGGAGAAACCGAUUCAACCAUACUGGACACAAAACAUCUGCCCAACAUCACUCAACCAGCCAGUCAGGCGAAUGAUUUAUUAGACCUACUUGGAGGUAAUGAUGUGGUACCUGUUAUCCAAACAACGGUUCCCACAAAGCCUGCGUCAGCUGGAGGAGAACUGCUGGAUCUGCUGGGAGACCUUUCUCUGACGGGUGGUCCGACCCCGACCCCUGCUCCCUCUGUGCCCAUGUCCCAGCCCUCUUUCCUUUUAGACGGUCUCACUUCACAACCCCUCUUCAAUGACAUUGCAGCGGUCAUUCCGCCAAUGACGGCGUACAACAAAAAUGGUCUAAAAAUUGAGUUCACUUUUGAGAGGUCCAACCCCAAUCCCAAUAUUGCAGUUAUCACCAUCCACGCCACCAACUCCAGCGAGGCUGACAUGACAGAGUUUGUGUUCCAGGCUGCAGUACCAAAGACAUUCCAGCUGCAGCUUCUGUCCCCCAGCAGUAAUGUAGUUCCAGCCCUCAACCAGGGAAGUGUCACGCAGGUCAUCAGGGUUCUCAACCCACAGAAGCAACAGUUACGAAUGCGGAUCAAGCUGACAUACACUCACAAAGGCUCUCCUGUACAAGACCUGGCCGAGGUCAACAAUUUCCCCCCUCAGUCCUGGCAGUGAUCUGCUGCUACCCUUCUGAAUCUUAAAGACCCCCAGCAAGGGAACUAUGGGAAAGAUGUCCCCUCCCCAUUCCCAAACGAUCCCCCGUGACAUCACCACAGACGCUGCCCUGGGGUUGCAUGGGAAGCAGUGGAAUCUUUCUGACACAGUCAAGAGUUGAUGGUUUGAAAACUGAUGAUGAUGAAGACAAUUACAGCGGCAGUGAAAAUCACAAAUAUCUCAGUACAUAUCUUUUCAUUUGUUUCUUCGCCCGUCUGUCUUUCUCUCUGCUUCGGGGUUGGUGCAAAAUGUCCAUACUCACACUUGCACUUAACGUUGUGCACUUCACUUAAUCUGUCUCUGUAGUGCACACUCUCUGACUCACCCUGCCGCCCAGGGCCCUUACAUGGGGAAACAUCACUUGUGGCCACUAUACGAAAGAGCUGCUUGUUUGGUUUGUCUGUUUUGUUUGAUUUUUUUUCAUGUUUUUAAUGGGUUUGGUGUAUUUUAAGAAAAAGAAAAAAAAAAACAUACUGAGUUAAUUGCAAAAGUCUGAACAUUUGCACCUUAACCAUUUCAGAAUCAAGAGGAAAAUGGGUUGUGAUGGCGCCUUAAAUCAUCGUUGUACAUGGCAUUUCUUAAUUUUCGUGUAAGGUUGAUCUAAUGUCCUGUAAUAAAGUAUAUCAGAUGAAUGCUCAGAUACAAGCGAUGUUGUGGCUGCACCGUAUUUCACAUGAAAGCGUUGCAGCUCAUUGUGUGUCAGCAGUAAUGUACACACUGUCAGAUCUGUCAAGAAGUGCUUGACUUACAUCACAUGAAUUGGCAAGUUCAUACAAGCUCAUACCUUGAUUUUUUAUUUCUAAGCAGGGCAUUGACAAUGAAACUGGAGGAGACUGAGAGAGAGACUGUUGCUCGUUACGGUUUGCGCAGUUUACAUCACCCAGUGGUUUUGCAUCAUCAAAGCUGUACACUUUUCCCCAAAAACCCUUAAUUUGGCAUAUAGUUAUUUUGUUUGCCUCUACUUAUCACAGAUGGUGUGUUCUUGUGUUGUUGUUUUUUAAUCUUCAAAUACAUUUAUAUAGAUUUGAACAUAGCCUACACUAAAGAAGUUUGAUUUUUAGAUUGAGAUCUAUUAAAAAUGUAAAGUAGUCGAAGAACGUGAUCUUAAAAUUCAAAUUGAUUUCUCACUAAAUUAACACAACUAGAGGCCCGGCGAUAUAUAAUGAGGUUAUGCUCAGCGUAGAUGCUGUAAAUAUAGACUAUGAAUACAAGGCCUUCAUGAAUGUAGUUAUAUGCACUGAAUGGACUGUUUUUCUUUUCGUUUGACUCUCUGCAGUGAUUUGAAGUACAGAAAUAUUGCCCGAUUUAAAGCAAUGUGCCUUUGUCAUAACCGGUUGAAAGGAAAACCCAGGAAGAGCAAGAACAUGAUGUCUGGAGAGUAGAGGACUUUUUGUUUUGCUGUCAUUUCACUCGAGUUCUCGUUCAGAGGGCGUCUUAAGUCGAGUGUCGGCGUGUUUUCGUGUCUCUUCCAAAGGCAGUUAGCAACAUUAACCUGAAUAUACCUCACAUUGUCUUCGUGUUUCGUCUUUGUCGAGUCGGAAGAGCACUAUGACUGUUUCAUCAAGUCACGUCAUCUCUCGCUGCUCUGUUUUCUUUGCGUAAUUACAUUCACUAUGCCACACUAAAGUCUGGUGACCAAAUCAAGAGAUGUUCUUUGGGCUUGGGAAAUAUUUUUAGCGAUGCUAUGUAUAUGAAGAAAAAACAAAAGACUUCUCAUUCUAUUAGCCUCUUUGUGUUUUGUUGCGAUUCUUUCGAUUUCUUGGCUCUUUGUGUCCAUACCGAGGGCUUUUAAGAUGCAUCAGCGGUUUCUUUUCAUCCCUUGUUAAGAUCCCGUUUUCUAAGACUUGCUUCAAGUGUGUAUAAUGUUUGAAGCCCUCCCUCAGAAGGUAGUCUAAUUUAACAACUUAUCUGUUUAUUGGAAAGAAAAUGUACUAUGUGCUGCCUGUAUAUUGUAUAUAAUUGUAAAACGCAUCAAAAAGAUCAAAUCAAAUAAAAACCCCAUUUGAAGACCUGUGACGUUCAGUUAGGGGUGUAAUGUGCACAUGAUCUCGAGUUCGCUUUGUUUUAUCUAGAUGUGCGGUGGAUCGCAGUCAUGUACUACUGAAAGAAUUAAAUGCUGCGUAUGGAUGUAAUUUCUCUUUUCAAUAUGGUGGCCUGCAGCUGAUUUUUUUUUCUCUCUCUCAUGUACUCUGUUAUAAAUAAUAAUGCAAUUUAAAGGGAUGGCUCACCCAACAAAAAAUCUGUCAUUUAAACUCUCCCUCAUGACUUUCUGUAGAACACAAGUGUCGGCAAUUUUUGUCCAAAUCAAGACUAGACUCAAUUGAUUUUCAUUUAUAUGGAAACCUUUUUAAAUUUUAGCAUCUUGUGCUACAGGUUUGGAAUAACCUGAACCGUUCUCUUUAUAGUAACAUUGCUAUGUUGAGGAAAGCUUAAAAACAAAAAAGUUUGAAGUUAGUUUUCCCACAAACCACCUCAAUACAGUUUAAAAUCAUGCAUAUUCCCAGUUUUUUAUUUUUUUUUCUGGAAGCACAUCCUGUUUCAAAAUCGGACUUUCUGAAUCUGCUGCUUCUUAAGAUGUUUGCGUAUUGAAGAGGGCGAAACAGCCAUCUGUGAACUUGCCACAUCAUCUCUCAGCAAGUUUUCUCACACUGCAUGUGAAAUAAGCAAUGCAAAAAAUUUAAUUUCCACUCUUUAUGUAAACUUCCUCAAGUAAUGCAAGCUAAGUUCGAAUUCUCAAGUCACCACUGUUCACACUAUACCUUGCGAUACAUGCACAGACCUUUGUACAUUUGGAAAUAUAAUGUUAAUUCUCCAACUAAUCUUCAUUAAGAAGUAGACUUUCUUUCGCUCAGUCAGGGGGAGUUGAGCAUCAUUUGUUUGGGUGUAACUGCUUGACCAGCUGGACUUUGUAUCACUUGCUUGGAUGAUUGCCUUCAGAAUCCAUCUGAACCCCUUUGUAAUCUGUAAAGGUAUCGGUUGUUUUUGAAGUGUAUCUAUACAUGUGCCCCAUGCAUCUCAGAUAUUUUACACUUGCUAUUCAACACAUCUGAACUUGUGCAGGAGGGGAGGACGACCCCAGCGAGUCUGACAUGCUGAACUGAAUCACAGUCCCAUGUCCUCCAGGAACGAGUGCUGGACUGAAUUCAUGACGAUGGAUGAAAAUAACAUGGGAUAUUUUAGACUUAUGCUGUGUAUUAUUGUCUUUGGGUUGGAGAAAAUGAUCAAAUGAAAUAAUAAUAAAACACUCAAACUUGA